UCCCAAUUCGUGCCCUAAAAACUCUGAUUUCUCCUACUCUUAGCCGCAACAUGCUAAACACUCCCGUUUCCCCUCAUAUUCCCUUCGUUUUCUCCCACCUAAUUCACUUUUCUUCACUCACUCUCCGAUCCGACUCUCUCCAGUAAGAUCUUCAAAUGUUCUUCUCUGUGUACAGAUUGCUAUCUUCUUUCCACGGAGUUUUAGGAUCAUUGGAAAUGUUUGGCGGCUGCGGUGAAUCGUCUUCUGUUUUUACUUCAGUUGUGUUAGGGCUCCGGCGAUGGAUGCUCUAGAAUUGACUUAUCCGGUUGAUGUGGUUGUGCCGAAGCUCAUGGGACCAGAUGGCUCUGUUAGAACCGAGGUAACAAUCGAGGAGGUUGAGUUGUGCGAGGUGGAUCGCGGUUCUGCUCCUUCUAGCUAUUCAUUUCAGCAUUUCAGCUCGUACGGUAGUCUAAAAGCUGGGACAAGCUCUAUCAAUGACUUGGGUUCUGUUUCCUUGGAUAAGAUCCUUGAUGGAGCAGUAUCUAAGGAUGGUGAAGUUACAUCUGAAGAUUUUGAAAGUAGGACCAAAAGAAGUCAUUUGUCCACUUCAAGUCCGGGAGUAUAUCCACGUAAAUCAUUAAAGGUGUCAAGGAGUAGUAGUAGUACUUUAUGUUCUAAGAGGCCACGUGUGGUUCAAUUGGAUGAUUCUUUAUUCUUAAAUGGGGCUGAUGACGUAAAGGAUAUGUCAGAUAAGCUUGGAUCAUAUCUUAAAAAGUGCAACUCUCAUGAGAAAACUCAAUCGCUGAAACAAAAGAGUAGCCUAAGCAGCAAGCGGGGCGAUAAGAGAAAUCUCAAAGUCUCAUUGAAGACCAAAUUUGAUUCACUCUCUACACAUGUUGGAAAUGGCUCAGCUGCAGCAGGGAGCAGUUUUUUUGGAUUAUAUGGGCUGAAAUCGGAUGUUCAGGAUUUUACAAAGCUUGCGGAUGAUCCACCACUGAAUGAUCUUCUUGAUGGUAGUUAUGACUGUGCUAAUUUAAGUAAAGACAAAGGUAAAAAAGACACAAAUGUAAAUGAAUGUUUUCUGCAGUCAAUUAGAAAAGCUUGUUCUGUUCUUCAGCUCCCAUUGCCUGUCCGCCCACAAAAUAUGGCCGAGUCAGAGAGUUGGUCUAACAGCAAGCCAUCCACAAGUGUAGUAAGUUCUGUUUCAAGCAUAGAAGAACGGGUGAAUUUUGAUGUAAAAGGAAGAACUAGUGCAGCCGAGUCACCUUCAUUAAACAAGGUGCAAGAUGUCUGCAGCAAAUCUGAACCUUUGACCCAUGCGCUUGGAUUUAAACUGCACAAACCUGAUGAUAUGUUUGUGAAAUUGGGUCUUCCUCUACCAAAGGACUUGGAAUCUUUGCUUCAGGAUGCCGGCAAGUCCUCUGUAUCUUCAAAGAAUGCAACAGAUUUACGUUCAGCAAAGCAACAAUCUCGUCGAACGAUGUUGCAACCAUUUCCAUGGUCACAUUCUUUUAAUGGGCACUCUAAAGCAAAUUCUGAUUCAUCCAAGUUCUCUGCAAAUAGGACCACGUGUCCUGGUAGGUGGUGGCGAGUUGGAAACUUUUCUAAUAUCCCCAGUGCUUCUGCUGAUUGUUUUACGAAAGACUUGGAAUCAUUAACUUUUAACCAGAGUUUAUUUCCUUCAACAUUGAGAGUUGUUGGUCCUGAUGAUGGUGGGUCCUCUGUGUCCGUUAAUCAUCAUCAAUGUGGAUGGGAUUCCCUGUCUUCUGCAACUUGUUCGAAAACUUCCUCUGUGCUUGUGGAAUCUCGAGGGAAGAUGAAUCAUGAGGCAAAGGAGCACUGCCCAAGAGUAAUGGCUGCUGCUCAAACUCUGUUCGAUAUUGCAACAACUUCUGCAUUGAGGCAAAGCAUAGAUGGGAUAGUAAGGUGGCCAAAAAAGCCUUCACAAAAGUCCAUGAAAGCUCGCAAGUUGAAAUCAGAGGAAACUGAAGAAUUAUAUACCACACCAACUACACACGGAUUAUGGUCCAAUAAUUCGUUCAAGAACGAGGGCCAUCAAACACAUUCCUCAAAGAAGCCAAAGCUGGGAACAACAACAGAGAGCAGAAGAGACAUUGCUCAAGCAAAUUGUAGACGAGGGCCAUUGAAUUGGGCUACACCCAGAUCAAGUAGAUCUUCGCCCAGUAAAUUCAUUAAAGAUUCGGUUUCAGACGCUAAACAUUCAACCGCAGGUGCCGUAAAACAAUCGUCUAUGAUGCCUCCUCCAGCAACAAGUCUUUUGUGCAAGGCUAGCAGCGAGGGUCAACAAAAGACACGAAAGUUAAUGCUCAUGGAUUGGAAAAGAGGUGGAGGCGCAGGUUAGAUUGAUGAAUAAACUCUAGUUUUUGUAUCCAAUUCCCAACAAAAUGCUGUUAAUUAAAUUAGAAUCACUACUUUGGAAUAGUAGUGGCUAAACUGGUUGGUUAGCUGGUUGGUUGGCUGUACAUAAUAUUGUUGUAAGUGGUGGAUUGAUGAUUGUAAUUGUCCGUCCUGAAAAGCGACACACGCUUUCUAAUUGUUGUAACAUCAACUUCAUUCCAGAACGCAGUAGCAAAUUCCUUUGCUACUGUGUGAAAAGUAUUUGACGACGCAAUAGAAAUUUUUAGUUCUUAUUACUA